UGUCCACUUAUUUUUCUUACUGCUAUAGCCCCAGAACCUAAACAAUACCUAGCAGAGAGCAUUCAAAAAUAUUCACCAAUGAAUGAAUCUGAAACUAUGUGCAUGAUUCAGCCAUAGGAAGCCAUAACCUAGAGUUUCCUGUUAACAGACAAGAACUCUAAAUUCUAGAGGAGCUUAUCAAAUAUUGUCUCCCGGGCCCACCCGGGGGGAACCACGAAAGAGCUGAAGGGACGAGAAUGUAUCUCAUCUCCUCUGAGUUAAGUCAGAACUGCAGAGCCGAGAAGGCCAGCUUGCAGACCUUAAGUCUAAGUCUCUCAGUAUACAGUCGGUGAAACUACAUUCCAGAGGUGGGGCUGACCUUCCCCAGGGCACGUGUUCAGGUUGCCUGGCUCCAGGGCCAGCUAGAACUUUUUCCAGCACCUGUGUGGCCCAGAUGUGAAAGGAGGGAAAAUGACAUGGGUGGGGCCAACGAGACAGCCGUGACAGAGUAUGUCCUGCUGGGCCUAUGCGGCCACCACGACUUAGAGAUGGUCCUGUUUGUGCUCUGCCUGGGCAUCUACUCCGUGAACGUGCUGGGGAAUGCCCUCCUCAUCGGGCUUAACGUGCUGGACCCCCGCCUGCACAGCCCCAUGUACUUCUUUCUCAGCAACCUCUCUCUCUUGGACAUCUGUGGCACAUCCUCCUUCGUGCCUUUCAUGCUGGUCAACUUCCUGGAAGCCCAAAGGACCAUCUCCUUCCCUGGUUGUGUCCUGCAGCUGUACCUGACCCUGGCACUGGGCUCCACAGAGUGCGUGCUCCUGGCCGUGAUGGCAUGUGACCGUUAUGUGGCCAUCUGCCGGCCGCUUAGGUACCCAGAACUCAUGAAUGGGCAGACGUGCGUGCGGAUGGCAGUGCUGAGCUGGGGAACGGGCUUUGCCAACUCACUGCUGCAGUCUAUUGUCACCUGGAGCCUCCCGUUCUGUGGCCACCGUGUCAUUAACCACUUCUUCUGUGAGAUCUUGGCCGUGCUGAAACUGGCCUGCGGGGACAUCUCUCUCAAUGCACUGCUUCUAAUGGUGGCCACAGCUGUCCUGUCACUGGCCCCGCUCCUGCUCAUCUGCAUGUCCUACAUUUUCAUCCUUAAUGCCAUCCUUAGGGUGCCCUCUGCUGCAGGCCGGCGCAAAGCCUUCUCCACCUGCUCCGCCCACCUCACAGUGGUAGUGGUUUUCUAUGGGACUAUCUCCUUCAUGUACUUCAAGCCCAAGGCCAAGGACCCUGACCUGGAUAAGAUUAUUGCAUUGUUCUAUGGGGUCGUGACCCCCUCCCUGAACCCCAUCAUUUACAGCCUGAGAAAUGCAGAGGUAAAAGCUGCUGCCAUAGCUCUGCUGGGGGGGAAGCUGCUCUGCAGGGAAAUGCCCCGCUUUUCCUGUUCUCAACCUCUAUCCGGCAGGAGAGUCUAG